AUGUCGCAACAGCAAGUCCUCGACUGGUGGCACAAAAACACCAACGCGGUCUAUGUCAACCGCCCGCCCUCCAGUGCUCAGAACGUCAUCUUGUUCGACCCCGUGUACAGCCCGUGCUCGAUGGGGGUCGCGCUUCUUAACCUGGAGCACAAAUUCGGCAUGGCUCGCGGCGAAGAGCGUCUUGACACGCUUCUUCCCGCGUUGAGCAGCACCCGCGGCUGGCCAUUCGCCGAUCUAGUCAUCGAAUGGCCGGGAUACAAGAGCGUCGACUCCAAGUUCCGCAUGCAGGAUGAUUCGGGACACUUCAUCAAGCUCAAGUAUCUUGGCGAGUUCCUCGCUCGCGAGUGGAAGCAGUUCGCAACCGUGGGUUCCCCUUCUAUUAUGUUCUCAGCAAGUGGACUUGCUCCUCGUCAGGACCGCGCUGGAGAGCGAUUCCACGACUCGGCUCGCGCUCCGGGCAUGCGGAUCGGAUAUCAAGACGGGAUCCAGUACGACCAGGUUCGCAUCGUGUCGAUGUACACCGUCGAUGGACUCAAGUGGCAUCUAUGCUACGGAGUUGUGCAGAACUAUGCUCGCGUUUAA